CGCUUGUCAUCACCAGCACCACCACCAACACCAACACCAACAACCCAGCGGGAGCAGCGGCCAGAGAUAUCAUCUCAUCAUGGCGGCGGCGGAGGCGCCGGGAGGGAGGAGCCACUUCUGGGGAGACGACCCGGCGGAGGAAGACGACUACUACGCCGCCCAAGGCAUCCACGGCAGCAGUUCCUUCUACACCUCGCGGCGAGGCGUCACCCUUUUCACCCGCUCCUGGCUGCCGCAGAUUACGCCGACGAGUUCCCCACCCGGCCGUCCCCGAGCCCUGAUCUGUAUGAUCCACGGCUACGGCAACGACAUCAGCUGGACCUUCCAGGCCACCCCCAUCUUUCUCGCCCAGCACGGGUUCGCCUGCUUCGCCCUCGACCUCCCGGGCCACGGCCGCUCCCAGGGCCUCCGCGCCUUCGUUUCCGACGUCGACGCCGUCGCCUGCGACUGCCUCGCCUACUUCCGCUCGGUCAGGCAGUCCCCCGGGCUGCAGGGCCUCCCGUGCUUCCUCUUCGGCGAAUCGAUGGGCGGCGCCCUCUGCCUUCUGAUCCACCUCCUCGAGCAGGAGGGGGAGCAGGGGUGGGACGGCGCCGUCCUCGUCGCGCCCAUGUGCAAGAUCUCCGACAGCAUACGGCCGAGGUGGCCCGUCCCCGAGAUCUUGACCUUCGUCGCGAAGUUCGCCCCCACGCUGCCCGUCGUCCCCACGGCCGAUCUGUUGGCGAAGUCGGUGAAGGUGGAGGAGAAGCGGGUCGUGGCGGCGAGCAACCCGUUAAGGUACGCGGGGAGGCCUCGGCUGGGGACCGUGGCGGAGCUGAUGAGGGUGACAGAUCGCCUCAACUCCAGGCUGUCGGAGGUCACCAUCCCCUUCAUCGUGCUGCACGGGAGCGCCGACGUGGUGACCGACCCGAGCGUCAGCCGAGCGCUCUACGACACGGCGAAGAGCAAGGACAAGACCAUCAAGAUCUACGAUGGGAUGCUGCACUCGCUGCUGUUCGGGGAGCCCGACGAGAAUAUCGCCAUGGUUCGGAACGAUAUCCUCGCAUGGUUGAAUGAGCGGACCGGAGGAGCCGCCGACCGCCGCAAUUGCUAACAGCGCCGCGCCCGGAGAAGAAGCUCUUUCCAUUAUGCCAAUUCGAUUGAUAGUGCAAAAAAUAAGAGGAACUAAAUAUGUGCUGCAUACAUCAGUGCCUGAUGAGUGUCAGAUGUGAUGAUCCAAAGAGAGGGACACAAAAAUGAUCUGAUUUAGAAUUGAGUUCGUCGAUCUCUCAAUUAGGUCCACUUAUCGUCCCCAACGUAGACUUGGCUAUAUGCAGCCUUGUCAUGUUGGUUGCCGAUACAAAGCACUAAUAUCCAAAGAAAAAUCUGCUCAUUAUAACUUGGUGAAGCUGUAAAAUGCCUCUCUGUAACCAUGGCAACACGAUGCCAAUAAUAUAUCAUAAAUGUGCUGGUAAAUAACAAUCCGAGUUUACAAUGAA